AUGUCGGAUCUCAGGCUCGUUUGGCUUCACCCGCUUGGUAGCCACUUCACUAGGCAAGCUUCUCCGGCAACUACUUGUUUGAGCCGGAUUCUCUCUCGUUCGUCAACUCUUCCGCUGUCGUCGUCUACAUUAUCGGUGGUCGCAACCUCCUGCCGGUUCCGCUUGGCUUGCUCAGUCGUCGGCUGUUUUGCUACAAGCUACAAGGUCGCAGCCUACAAGGCUGCCUUUUUUGCUUGGCCGGCAGCCCCUUCGUCGUCUUCCUCUGAAAGGCCGGCUCUCUCCGUCAUGGUGGUCUCCUUCGCUAGGCCAGCUCUCGCUUUGGCCGUGGCCCUCCGCAAGGCCAGCGCUCUCCGCCUUGAUGUGUUUCGAUUGCAAUGCGAAGAAUCCGACAUGGGCGUUCGUCACGUAUGGGAUUUUUCUUUGCAUCGAUUGCUCCGCUGUUCACUGAAGCCUGGGUGUUCACAUCAGCUUCGUGAGGAGAUUCUGGAAGUUUACUGUAACAAAGGAAAAUUCAGGAAGGCUUUAGCAGAGUGCAAAUCUGGGAUUUGCUUAGAAUUGAAGACAAAGAUUUAUGUGUGCCAGACUGGAUUUGCAUGGACUCAUAAUCCAUUUGGUUUUAUAGAUAAAUAUACGAUAUCUCUACUGAACUAUACAUGGUCCUCCACAUUUUCAUCUGGGUCUGCAGUUGAGGAGAUCCAUUUAAUGGGAAACAAUUUGAAGGAAAUAAUGCCUUCAUCCUCCAAUUUUGUUGAAGGAUUUAAUUCUUUGAGGCUUUUAAAUUUGGAGGAUAACUGCAUAGCUACAUGGGAUGAAAUUCUGAAGCUUUCUGAGCUAAGAAGCUUAGAGCAGCUUCAUUUGAACAAGAACUAUCUCAACCAUAUCUCUUACCCUGAUUAUGAUCCAAGGCUUGAUUUGCACAAUGGUCUAGAAAUGACAGAGCAACACUUUCAGCCUUUCGAAAACCUACGCUGCCUUCUUCUAGGGGGUAACAAGAUUGAAGAUCAGGCAUCUGUGGAUACCUUGAAUUCUUUCCCUAAUUUGAUGGAUAUUAGACUUUCGGAGAAUCCAAUAGUUGAUCCAGGAAAAGACGGUCUCCCUAGAUUUAUUCUGAUUGCACGUUUAGCAAAAGUUGAAAUGCUAAAUGGAAGUGAGGUAAGUCAUCGUGGAAGGAAAGAAUCUGAGAUCCGGUUUGUUCGCAUUGUAAUGACUAAGAUGCAAGGCAAACCAGAGGAGAUUAAGAAGCUCCAUCCAAGAUUUGUGGAGCUUAAACAACUACAUGGAAUUGACGAUGAGAAGCAAUCAGUAGGAGCUUCAGGCCCUCAGAAAAUGGCUGCAGGGCUUCUUUCUCUCACUCUAAAAUGUGUUGGAGCAUCACUUGGAGAAAAACCACUUCUUACAAAGAAAUUGCCAGCCACUACUACAGUUGGCAAGCUUAAGGUUCUUUGUGAGAGCUUUUUCAAACUGAAAUCCUUCAAGCUGAAAUUGUUUCUUCAAGAAGAGGGUUCCCCCAUGCCUCGAUUGCUUGAUGAUGAAAUGGAUUCUUUGAUAGAGCUAGGAGCUGGCAAUGAAGCAACCAUUCUAAUCGAUGUGGACGAUUAAUUUUAUCAUCCAGAAUUAAAUUGAAUUUUCUUUUCAUGGA